AUGACAAAAACAUUUCAUAGUUAUCUCGCUCCUCUUCCGAGGCUAGAUCAGAUAUACAUCCCGAAACCCGGUGAUGUUUCUUUAUCAAAGAUUAGAGCACAAAUCCGACAUGAAGGCUUUCAGACAUUAGAACGGAGCGCGGGGCCUCGGGUCUGCAAAAUAGGACCGUAUGCCGUCAAGCUGGAACAAGGGGCUUCCUCUGGGAUGUAUCGUGUGACGGUAAAUCCCGACGAAAAUGAGUCUCCGCCUCCCCUUCGUGAUGUCUGGGGCCACAACGGCCAGGGAGAUCGGAGUAUGGCGCAUGAACCGAAAUAUAAGGCUGAUGAUAAUCUAUCACUACCUCCAACUGAAAACCUCGCGAGAGAAGGAGAACUUCUCGAAAGAGCUAGGCCAUACGCUGUCGCUGUUAUCGGAAGGGUUUUUGCUUUGAAUGAGGAGAAUAGACAGCCAUUUUGUGUAGGAUUGGUUCUCGAGCGUGGAAAACCGUUAGAUACCCUCCUUCACACGGAUGGAUACACCUCUAUGGCCCAAAAAAACACACUGGCUGUCAAGAUGAUCCUACUCAUCUUGAAACUACACAAAGAACGAAAGAUGGUCCAUGGAGAUAUUAAACCAUCCAAUGUGGUUAUGACCGACGGGGAGCUUAAGCUUAUAGACUUUGACAGCGGCCUGCCUGUCGACGAGAAAAUGGAGGAGGAGGAGGAGGAGGAAUGGCAGAUGAAAGGGACGCCUAUGUAUGAGAGUCCUAAUCGGCACCACGGCACGCAUGAAUAUAAGGCCCCGGUUGUUGAAAUGGACGAUUUAUACGCACUCGCAUUGACGGUGUAUCAGAUUUAUGUUCCUGGGCAACCUUUUGAUUUUGAAGCGAGCGGGGGGAUGUUUGGGCCAAAUCCUAUUCUUGAAAAGAGAGGCUUUCCAGACCUUUCGAAGGUUGGGAGUAAGGGGGUACAAGCAUGGAUGAGAAAGAUUUUUGUGAAAGGUGGGGGAAGAGUAGAAGUUGAUAGAUAUGGUAGGGUGGUUUAG